AUGGAUAACUUCCACCAUCUCGAUCAAAGCUUCGAUUUUGGCUCUUUCAUCAACUUCCCCGAAGACAACAACAUGGAGUCCAACAACAUGGACUUCCAGUUCCCUACGGAGGAUAUCUCAGCCGACCUGAGCUUGUCAGACAUGCAGCUCCUUCCAGACAUGGACUUCUCUCAGUACGAUGCAAGUGUCAAUUCUCUGGACACUUUUGAAUACUCUGCCUCUUCGGUCAAUGAGAGUCCCCUCACAGCCAACUAUGAGUCAUUUACACCACAAGCGGAAGAUUUCCGCUUCCUGGUAGAUUCAUGGGCUUCUACAGACCAGCGCUCACGCUCCAUGAAGCAGAAGCGAAGAGACGCCACUAUUGAUCUGCACCUCCAGCGGUUCAUGAACACACAUUCCGACUCUCAGUUAUUUCCCACUGACUCGGAAUUCUCUUUCUCCGACUCGCAUUCACUUUCGUACUCCCAUGAAUCAUCACAACAGAGUCCGGUUGCGAGUACACCGGCCUCGUCAGCAUCAAACAGCGACCGGUCAACGGUUCCUCAGAUCGGUGGCCGUGAGCUCGUGUUCGACAUCAAUCUGAACACGGCUACGAAUCUACCGAAGAAACAGAAGAAGCGCACUCGAGCGCAGAUAGAAGAUUACGUCAAUGCUCGUCGGAACGGCGUUUGCCUUAAGCACAAGAAGCAACACAAGAAGUGCAACUGUCACGUGAAACAAUCCGAAAAGACUGUAAUGGAUGCCAAGAGGAAACGCAGGGCAGCAUUGCCCAAGGUUGCUAUGACUGCCCCAGAACUAGCAGCCACUUCUCUCUCCGAGACCCCAUCCACUGUUUCACGGUCAUCAUUCUCGCCAUCGGUCUUUUCUCAAGUCGAUAGCCAAUCGUUCAACGAGGAGAUUGACUCUGCCUUGGCAAGCCUGGAUGACUUGAACGAUAUGGAGCCGUGGGCCAGCUUGGUAUCGCAUACAUCAAUGGCAGACACAACACAGCAACAAUUCUAUCAAUCGGAGUCGUAUGGCUGGUCGCCUGUUCGUUACCGCAACAUCAACACGCCGGAGGUGUCCACGAAUUUACAGACCAACGUUGAAUACUUGCCAGAGCGGGACGAAUCCUUCAAUCAAUUGCUUGGACUACGCGAUGGCGUCAGCGAUCACGGCUUACGCAAUUCUGGCGGACUACUCACGACAGGAGGACUAUCAGGACUACCGAAACGCAUAUCUGGCCCUCGGCCGAAUAUUUCUUCUGGUCAAUCAGGUGUACUGAUUUCAAGCCAAAUAGGACUACCAAACGCGCAAGGACAAGUGUCCACCCCGACUCUGCAGAUGCUACCAACGACCAGCUCACUGGUUCCACCGGUAGCAUCACUGCGACUACCGGGAGGCACAUCUACGCCUAUGCAGAAUAUAUCGCCUGUACGGCCAAGCACCCCGGAAUCGAGCACGAUGGUACUUGCAAACGCACAACAGCAGCCAUCCACCCCGGCCCCGCAUGUGCUACCGACGACCAGCUCCCUGGUUCCACCGGUAGCAUCACAGGGAUUAUCUGUCCGACCAGGACUACCAUUGGAGACUGUUGUGCCAGUAUCAAAUUUUGGCCGACAGACAGUGCCAACUUCAACACUAUCGCCACUGCCGUCUAUGGCAGCACCCGUACAGUCACGCCUUCUAGACAUCGCACCUUCACCUGUUGCGACGGUUCUACCGACACCUCAAUUGACGGCAGCGCAAUCACUGGCAGUACUCUCAUCGAUACUCGCUCCAGGAUUGCAGGCCGUUCUCAGCGAAUUACAAGCAUCGACCCAUGCCGGCGCAAUGUUCAAAGACAUUCCCAAGGCCGCUUAUCUGGCUGUUGGACAAUUCUACGGAAUUUCGACAGCUGUUUUGUCAGCGGUAUAUUGGAUAUCCGAACUCUGUGUCAUGGCUUUACAGGGCAUGCAGCAAGUUGCAAUGCCGUCUCAAUCAAACUUGUAUAACUUUGCUGAGCAAUUCCGCCAACGCAAGCCCGUGACGAAUACUUGCGCCUCAGUGCUAUCUACUUCGCUGUCUCUAGACUGCCCAAUGGCUCUGCAAGUUUGA